CUGUGAUACGUCGACAUUUCUUCCUCUUCUUCUGUGAUCCCUUUUCUGGUGUGUGACUGGUUGUACGACCUGAGCCUGGCAUACCUGACACCUUGAAUUUAUUACCCCCCUCCUCGCCUUGGAAGGACAGUCAAGCCUCAGCUGCCUUCUCUCACCCACAUUCACACACAUACACACACAUUCGCAUAGAGGGCUUGCUGUCGGUCAACAUGGAUACCAAGGAGACGGUGUCCCAACCGGGACAGCACUACUCUGGUAGUAACCGCAUUCCCAAUAUUAAGCAGUUUAUGGAGCGGCUGGACACAGAGAAGAAGGGCCGAGACGCCAAGAUCGACGAGGAGUCGAAACAGACCAGGAAGACUGGCGGCAGCGAGGCCAAGGCACACGAAGAAACCGGCCAGCGGCGUGGCAAGAACCGGCGUACGGUUCGAGACCCCGUCACCGGCAAGGACGUCGAGAUUGAUGACAUGGACAGUAGUCUCAUGAAGAACACCGAGGAUCCACAUCUCUUCGUUCCCAACGCCAAUCUGGGCAAGGACACAACCAUCAAGACGGACCCCAGCCAGUCUGGCGAGGAGUACCGAUAUGCACAGGACGUCACGGCACCGCCCGACCCUGUCGAGCCCGGCACUACGAGUGACGUCCCCAUCCACGGCGAGAAGACCAACGUGCUCUUUCACCCGACGCCCUCGGUGAGCUACGAGCCCAUGUACGCUUCCAUCGAGGCCCGCGCAAACGUCCUCUGCAUAGCCAUCUUCAUCGCCAUCGUCAUCAUAGGCAAGAUGUUUGGCGGCUCCCUGUGGGGCCUGUUCCCUCUCGCCGCCUGUGUGGCCUCGGGUGUGUUCCUGUGGAUGAAGGAUCUCGUCCGCCAGGGCCGCGACACCGAGUGGUCUAGCGAGCAGAAACGCGGCGAGACCGCCGUCGUAAAUCUGAUCCCCGAGUCUGUCGAGUGGCUCAACACCGCUGUCGGCCUCAUCUGGAGCCUGAUCAACCCCGACAUGUUUGCUGCCGUCGCCGAUACCCUGGAGGAUGUCAUGCAGGCAUCCGUCCCCGGCGUCAUCGAGAACGUCAAGGUGAAUGACAUUUCCCAGGGGAGCAACCCUCUCCGGAUCCUCAGCCUGCGCGCCCUUCCGGACAGCCAUGUCCAGGACCUGAAAGAUGAGAUCCGCAAACAGCAGGCCAAGAACAAAGACCCCCAGGAGCUGGCUGCCGACGAGGAGGGCGGUGACUUCUACAACCUUGAGGCCACCGUGGCCUAUCACUCUCUGCCCUCUGGCAAUGACGUCUCCUCCAAGGCUAAGAACAUGGGGAUGCAGCUGGUUUUCUACCUCGGCAUGAAGGGUCUCUUUGGCGUUCCCUUCCCCAUAUGGGUCGAGCUGAACGGGCUGGUCUGCACGGCACGCAUCCGUGUCGCCCUGGCUCCCAACCCGCCCUUUAUCAAGACACUCUCCUUCACGCUGAUGGGUCUGCCCAAGGUCCAUGCCAGCUGCAUACCACUCAUCGAGAAGGGCGCCAACAUCCUCAACCUUCCGCUGAUCUCCAACUUUGUGAACUGGGCCAUCGCCACGGCAGCCGGUAUGUAUGUGGCGCCCAAGUCGCUGACCCUCGACAUUGGCAAGAUGCUCCAGGGCGACGACAUCACCAAGGAAACCCAGGCCCUGGGUGUGUUGUUCGUGCGGAUUCACAAGGCCACCGGCCUAUCCAAGCAGGAUCGGAGAGGUAGCGACGGCGGCGGCUCUGAUCCGUACAUCUGCGUAGCGUUCUCCAAGUUUGGAAAACCACAGUACUGCACCCGUGUGAUCCAGGACGACCUCAACCCCAUCUUCUCAGAGUGCGCCGGGCUGCUGGUCACACCCGACAUCGUCAAGGCGGACGAGCAGCUGUCUCUCGAACUCUGGGACAGCGACCGGUCGUCCGCAGACGAUGUGGUCGGCAAGGUGGAGCUCAGCAUCCAAAAGCUGAUCCAGCACCCCGGCAAGAUGUUCCCGCAGACCUCCACCCUCCGAGGCACCAAGGCAGAGAGCACAAUGCCUGGUGAGCUGCACUGGGAGGUUGGGUUCUUUGGCCGGACCCAGUUCCGGAAGGCCUUGCGGACGGACGGCAAGGACCCGAACCUGCCCAAGGAGCUGCAGGACAAGAAGGAGCUGCAGACGGACGUGGGCUCGCUCGACACAGCGGCGGAGGACGCCGUCGUUCACACGCCACCCGACCCGCUCUGGCCCAGCGGUAUCGUCAGCAUUGUCGUCCACCAGAUCGUCAGCCUCGAGCUUGCUAACAUCAAGGGCUCGCAAGGGAAGAGAAAGGGCCGCGAGUUCGAGCCAGCCCGUCCCGAGGCCGGCGAGGUCAAGGAGGAGACGGGCAAGAAGUUGCCGUCCUCGUACUGCACAAUCCUCAUCAACGACGAGCUGGCAUACAAGACGCGGACAAAGGUCGUCUCGUCCAAACCGAUCUUUGAGGCUGGUACCGAGCGCUUCGUCCGAGACUGGCGGUCCUGUAUCAUCACUGUUACGGUUCGGGAUUCGCGCAACCGCCAGCAUGAUCCCAUCAUCGGGGUUGUUCCGCUGAAGCUGUCUGACGUGCUCCUGAACAGCAGCCAAAGCACACGGUGGUACCCCCUGGACGGUGGCAUCGGCUUUGGGCGUAUGCGCGUCAGCCUCCUGUUCCGCUCCGUCGAGCUCAGGCUGCCCCCGUCGCAGCUCGGCUUUGGCGAGAUCGGCACGUUCGAGUUCGUCUCGGAUACCAUUCAGGCCACCAACUACAGCGGCUCCUCACGCACCAAGCUGAAGCUCCGCACGGGCGGCAGUUCCGCGGCGGUGAAGAGCGACAAGUGCUCCAAGGGGGAAGACGGCAGCCUCGUCUGGGACAUCACCGACACAACAAGUACCAGGAACGACGACGGUACCGUAACUGCCCCGAUCACCGGGCGCAUCCGCCUCCCCGUUCGCUACCGCUACCGGUCUCCUAUUUUCUUCGAGUUCCACCCCAGCGGCAGGCGACAUGCCGAUGCCUAUGCGUCUGUCUGGCUGCAGGACCUCGUCGACUUGGAGGACAAGGACUUUGACAUUCCCAUCUGGCGGUGUAACAACAGCAUGCGGCUGAGCCAGAACUACAUUACGGAGGCCAACUAUCGCGAGGUUCCUGACCUCAAGAUCGAGGAAGUCGGCCGUCUGCGCUUCCGCGGCCGGUUCAAGCCAGGAACGGACCGCGAUCACCUCAAGUUUGUGAGCGACAAUGACUCUCGGGAGACGAUCGAGUCGUGGGAGGCCUGUUUUGCCGAGGGCGUGAGGGCGGAGCAUGUGGUGGGAGAGGUCCCACCCAGCAUCCAGAAGCUGCACGACGCCAGUCUCACGCAGGGCCGGGACGUCCUGGCCCAGGCGGACGAGAAAGACAAGGAGAAGUGGCUGGCGAGGGACGGCACAGACUGGAGCGGCACGUUUGGUAAAAACCCCUCGGGGGCUGCCAAUGGCAUCGGCGAGGAGGAAAAUGACGAGGACGAGGACGAGGACAACAGUGACGACGACGAUUCCUCCAGUACUAGCGGUGUCGACCUCGGCAUCACGGACGCCUCCACCGCCAGCAACGGCAGGGGAAGUGUGGAUACGCCGCGACAGUCGGCAGACACCGGCAGCUACCCAGGAAGCCCGCUGUCGCCGUCAUCCACCAAGAGCGCGGGCAGCGGCAAGUCGAGCAAGAACCCGGUCAAGAAAUACAAGGAGUACCAGGAGAAGAGCCGGGACCUGCACCGCCAGCACAGGGGAUUGAUGCAGUGGAAACCAAUGCGUAAUGUACAAUUUGCAAAGGACGAGGCCAAGUAUGCCGUGCGUAGGCUCACCAAGGUCGGGUCCCUGAGUGGUCGAAAGCCAGACGUCGAGACGGAGGUGUGAGCGUGCUCUUUCUGUCUUUUCUCUUUCUGUACUCUGGUAUCUCGGAUUGUACAUGGGAAACGUCUCGGUUCUGGCUCUGUGGCAUGGGAAUGGGAGUUUUGUUGGCAAAGGAACACGGGGCCCGAAGCAAAAGAGGAAUGGAUCUUCUUGGGAGGAUGAAAGAGACAAGGUAAUACAACUCUGUAUAUGAAGCAUUGAUAAUGAAGAAUAAGUCUUAUAUUCCAUUCUUUACUAGAAGUAAACUAUAAAGUAAAAUUUCUUAGGUG